UCCAAUCUGACAAUCCGUCUGUUCUGUUGGAGUUGAUUUGGCUUCCAGCAAACCGCAAAACCCCACCCCCACAUAUUAGAGGGAGCUCUGCAAGCACCUGACGUCAUUUGACACGAGCUUCGUUGGGCAUUUCAAGGCUCUGAUCCAGGACUCUUGCCACAUCUCACCACUUACAUUCUUACAUACCAUAAUUCAUCACUGGAGCAACUCAGCCCGAAUUCAUCACCAUGGCAGACACCACAGAAAACCAGGUCCCUGUCGACGAGACCCCCAUCUCUUCCGUCAAGACCAACUCCGCUCGCAAGAACUCCCUUUCCAACUACCUCAAGCACCGACCCGAACGCUCCGAGCUUGUAGAGAAGAACAUCCUCCCAGACUCUACAGCCGCACCCGGUCUCCUCGCUCAGCAAAAAGAGCUUCAGAAACACAUGCUUGGUGACAAGCUCAACGACAAGAUUUCGCAUCGCCCGUCUCCCGAUGAGCUCCUCAAGGAGGGUGUUCUACACGAAGACCCGCGCUCUCCAGAGGAAAAGUACGCAGAGGCCAUCGAGGAGGAGUACGCUAAGCGGGAGGGCGGCGCUUAAACAGCUUUAGAGCUGUAGAGCGAACACGUGCUAGAAGCGGAUGCUGGGAAAUGCGACUCGUUUUUGCGCAAAUGAGGAAAGUCCCCAUUUGGAGAAACAGUUGGGAGGAGAUGGGAUUGUUUGAAAGCUUGGGAUUCAGUGUGUUUGUCUAGGAGCUCGCGUGAUGUCCAACAAGGAUUUGAAACAAAACAAGGCCUACAUCUUGAGAUUGGCAGUUUUGCCACAGCCGUUCCCAAUCUCAGGUUCAAUGCAAAGCCUAAAAAUAAAACCUUUAAAAAAAAAAUUGACAAGUCGAGUAAAUUAUAACAUCCC